CGGGCGGUGGCGUCAGGGCGGGCGGCGGUGACGUGCGGGGGCGGGGGGGGCGCCGGCGGCGGAGCUGGGGCCGGCGGCGGGAGAUUGCUUCGCUGCUCGGCUCUCCGUGCUGACAUGGUAACGGGACAGGGGCUUGCACCGGCGGGCAGACGGGGACAGCUGCUGCGGAGAGGCUAGCGCACCAGCCUGGCAGGGUCCAUCUCGGCUAGACGCGGAUGAUGCCAGAGCUAUGACAGGGAUUGCAGUCUUGGCACUGAGGGGUGAUCGAUUAUGGAACAACUACAGGAGGAAGUACCUGAGGUCAGGGAAGAGGAGGAGGAAGAGGAAGAGGCAGUGAUGGUGGCCAGCGGAGCCUCAGACCCAAGUGCAGGACCAGACAGCUCGCUGCCUUCGAGCAGCUACACAGGUGAGUGGAGCCCCGGGAGCACGCAGGCUGCGGCCGCGUCCUCCAGACAGCGUGCUCAAGGCAAAGGGCACCGGGUCUGCAUGUGAACGGGGCUUGGCUCGGUUUUAUUUCCUCCGUUUGUGAAAUAAUUCAUUGAGGGCCAAGUUAUGGAGAAGUAUUUCUUUCUCUGCGGUCACCGCACAGCCGCUGGCAGCAGGCUGGGAGGUGGCAACAAGGCCAGGAGGGGAAGGUUGUGCCCCAGAGGGUGCGUGGGGGAGAGGGGAGGGCUCCCGGGGUGCCUGAGAACCCUUCUCUGGCUGCUCCUGGAAAUCCUGGGUGCAAACCGAUCGUAGGAGCCGGGAGAGAAGUUUUGUUGUGCCUGCGCCAGCCCUGUGCCAGCUGCCUGGCAAGUCCGCUGGUGGGAUUUCGCUGCCUAAACAUGAAUGCCAGAGGAAGAAAUCAGAGCUGAUGUGGAAUCUCUUAACUGCUGGGAACACUUGGCUCUGUACAGGGCAUCGGAGGUUAACUGCCCGAGUGACAGGCUGGGAAGCGCUGGAAGUCCCUCCAGCCACGGGGUUAGAUGUGUUGCUGGGCUUGUGGCUACUGCACAACAGGCUGCCUCCCCUCGUGUGUUUGCAGACCUUUCACAGAGCUCCUCUCCCUCCCUGUCGGACCAACUGCAGAUGGGCUGCGAGGAGGCGGCCUCGGGAGCGCUGAACGUGGAGUGCAGGGUCUGCGGGGACAAAGCCUCGGGGUUCCACUACGGCGUGCACGCCUGCGAGGGCUGCAAGGGCUUCUUCCGCCGGACAAUCCGCAUGAAGCUGGAGUACGAGAAGUGUGAGCGGAGCUGCAAGAUUCAGAAGAAGAACAGGAACAAGUGCCAGUACUGCCGCUUCCAGAAAUGCCUCUCGCUGGGCAUGUCACAUAACGCGAUCCGCUUCGGCCGCAUGCCGGAGGCAGAGAAGAGGAAGCUGGUGGCGGGGCUGACGGCGAGCGAGAUCAGCUGCCAGAACCCACAGGUGGCCGACCUGAAAGCUUUCUCCAAGCACAUCUACAACGCCUACCUGAAAAACUUCAACAUGACCAAAAAGAAGGCGAGAGGUAUCUUGACCGGGAAGGCCAGCAGCACCCCACCUUUUGUGAUCCAUGACAUGGACACCUUGUGGCAAGCAGAGAAGGGGCUGGUCUGGAAGCAGCUGGUGAACGGGAUUCCCCCCUACAAGGAGAUCGGGGUGCACGUCUUCUACCGCUGCCAGUGCACCACGGUAGAGACCGUGCGGGAGCUCACCGAGUUCGCCAAGAGCAUCCCCAGCUUCGUAGGCCUCUACUUGAACGACCAAGUGACUUUGCUGAAGUACGGGGUGCACGAGGCCAUCUUUGCCAUGCUGGCCUCUAUCAUGAACAAGGAUGGGCUGCUGGUGGCCAACGGGAACGGCUUUGUGACCCGCGAGUUCCUGCGUAGCCUGCGCAAGCCCUUCAGCGAGAUCAUGGAGCCCAAAUUCGAGUUUGCUGUGAAGUUCAACGCGCUGGAGCUGGAUGACAGCGACCUGUCUCUGUUUGUGGCUGCCAUUAUCCUGUGUGGAGACCGUCCUGGCCUGAUGAACGUGAAGCAGGUGGAGGAGAUCCAGGACAACAUCCUGCGGGCGCUGGAGUUCCACCUGCAGUCCAACCACCCGGACGCCCAGUACCUCUUCCCCAAGCUGCUGCAGAAGAUGGCCGACCUGCGGCAGCUGGUGACGGAGCACGCCCAGCUGGUGCAGAAGAUCAAGAAGACGGAGGCCGAGACCUCUCUGCACCCGCUUCUUCAGGAGAUCUACAAGGACAUGUACUAAGGACCUGUUAUUUAUGAGAAUGAAGCCAUGGAUUCCCAGCAGGACUCUUUGUACAAAAACAAAGGAAACCUUUCCCCAUGUCUUCCGUUUCUUCUACUGGAAACUGUUUUUCUACACGACCCCAACGUACGGUACACAGGGCAGGACGCCGUAAGAUUUUGCGGCCGCCACCUGGUAGGCCGGGGCUUCCGUUAACACACGCUAACAAAUUUAGAGGCAAACCCUAA